UGAAAUUAGAGUAAUUAGAGGCCUCGCAAGACAUUUGUGAGGAGGGAGCAUUGAGCAUGGCCUCACACCCAGCCCACAGCUUGUCCCAAGGUGCGUCUUCGGUGCGUGGUUUCACAUAGAACAUGCAUGCUUCUCAACCCCUUCGAAGGACAGAUUGAAUUGAGAUCAUUUGGUUUCUUGAGACUGCCUCGCCCCAGCUGCCAACCAUCUUCCAGCUGAUGCAGCAUGCAUUUUCUGCGAUGGACAUGCCUUCUACUUCAAAUCAUCGACGUGCAGGGAUUGGCGCUGGAUUAUUUGGAAAUUGGCACGGCUGAUUUCGACACACUCGCUCAGCAGCUGCAUGGAACGGAAGGUGUGGCUGGACUCUCCGUCGAGCCGGUGGAGGAGCACUUCCAACGGCUCCCAGAACGGCCCCCACUGUUGCAGAAGCUGCGUGCGGCUGUUGCGGAGGCCGACGGCGAAGCUGAGCUCUACGUGGUGCGGCAGGAGUAUAUGGAGCCGCAGUGCAGCAACGAGACCGUGAGGGAACUGGGCUUGCCUUACUGUCUACCCUGGUGGUUCAGAGCCACGGCGAGCCUCCACCGUCCUGCGGCCUUGGUCUCGGUGCAUGCGGGGCCGAAAGCCCUCGAGGCGCAGGUGGCCAUGAGGGUGCCCACCGUGAGCUAUGCCUCGCUCAUGCGCCGCUACGGCGUGACCCGCCUUCACCUUUUGAAGAUCGACACCGAAGGCUUUGAUGUCUUCAUCUUGAAGCAAAUGCUCGCUUGGGGGGAGAUGACUGGACAGUAUCCGGAGCGCCUGCAGUUCGAGCGCAACAACUUGACUGACGUGCAGGAGUCUCAGCAAAUCCUAGAAGCCCUGCAAGCAGCUUAUGAUUGCUGGAUUCCUGCUGCUGAAGAUGAUGUGCAAUGCCUUCGCCUGGGCGAUUUGGCUGUUGGCCAACCAUACGCCUCCAGCGGGGUAUCGUUCCCCACCCCCUGGUGGCGCCUGCAGCUGCCAGAUCGCCUUCAGGUGGCUGGUGUUCGCAUCAGCUUAGAGGACAAGGACUCCUUGGUAGUAAAGGUUGGGGACUCGUUGGGAAUUCACCUGAAUCGCUUAUGUGGGCCAGUUCAGAGCACCGAGACGGGUGCCGUGGUGGCACGUUGUGCUUUGGAAGGUCGCUAUGUGAUGCUGUUAGGAACCUCCCAGCCUCGGCAGGUGGAGGUCCUUGGACCACGGACGGCUUUCGGUGCUUUUCGCCUCUCGCUGGGCCAACGAUGCUGUCAUCGAGGGUGCAAUAGUAGCGACACCAGCCUUUUCGAAGGCUACGACCCCCAGUGCGAGCGCCGCUGUCGGGAGGAUCAUAGCUGUCACUUCUUCACGAGCUUCAACUCACUUUGGUGCAUCACCUAUGCUGACUGCGAGGAGGAGCUUCCAGAGCGCGAUGCUGCUAGUGUGACCUUUGGACUCUGGCCACGGGAGCUUUUGCCGCUGCCGAUCCUGAGAUCAUCAGCACAGCAGUCCUCAGUGGAUUGGGGAGGUGAAGCGCACCGGGCCAUAGAUGGCAUUUUUGAUCCGCAUUUCUUGAGAGGCAGCUGUAGCCAUACUGCCCAGGACGAGUUCGGCUCUGGUCCUCACACCUGAACUUCGGAUGUUUUGGGGAACCACCCAUUUGUAGGAAAUGCGAUUUGAAUCGUUCCACACCCAAAGCACUGACUUUUUAAUACUCUUCAAACAUGGAAAACAAUCUUUCACAAGUGCGACCACCAACUCACCACGUAGGUCAAACAGUCAGGAUGCUAGCGUCGCUGGGUUGGGAGUAUCCAAGCUCCAUCAGUCAUCAGCCCAUUCACAUCCUCUCUCGGCACCUUGAAAUUCUGAUUCGCUUCCACUGAUGGAAGGUGUCCAAUCUGCGAUAGACGGUGCGAUCAUGUGUGAAAUAUAAGGUGACAAAUAUCUGGUAAGACCGGGAAGGAUACCAAACGAUGAAAUCCCACUCACCUGGCUUAACCUUUCUUGACCUAACUUGCUCGAUCAAGGAGUCCCAGAACUCCUGGUGGGCGGCUCGUGUGGACCCUGAGACCGCCACCGCCGUCACUGCCGUGCGUGUCUUGGGGCGCUGGGACUGCUGCCACGAGCGUUUGGAUGGCUGGGAGGUGAGGGUGGGCUUUGACCCUGACGUGCUUCGAAACCCUCGCUGCGGCACAGUACAAAGUCCAUUGGCUGCGGGCGGACGACGCACCAUACACUGCGGUCAAGCGAUGGUCGGAGACAUGGUGGGAGUGGUCCUACCCAGUGGAGAGCCAUUGACCUUGUGUGAGGUGGAGGUCUUUGGGCCCUAUCGUUGGUAAAUUGGAUCAGGAUCAGACAUUGAAGCCCGAGAGGUCUCCAGGAUUUACUUCAGAACCUUGUUGCUGCUCUUGACCGAGUACUGGUUCUCCUUUGCGCACAGCUUCUGAUCUUGUAGGUGCAAGAGUCAAUCUGGACGAACGGUUCUUGGCCAUCAGAGCCAAAGACAGCAUGCAACAAGAUGCAACAAGCACAUAAAGAUCAUAAAGAGGUGUGCUGCAUAGAACCCCGUUCUGGGGUCUCCACUAGAUUAUUCAAAAUGAUGGAUCAUCCUUUCGGAUGUGCAAGUUGAUUGAUUCCAAAGUAUUGCUAUGCAUCUCUGCCGUGCUGGCAGAGUUUCGCAGUCUCACAGCAGGCACCCCACAGCAGGAGCUUGCUUGUGAAGCCACGAGUCAUCCAACCAAGGAAUCACACUUGGUCCAAAGCUAGAUCCCCAAAGUGCUGGAGCCUGCUUGUUGAUGGUUGUAAAGCAUGAUAAAGUAC